AUGGCCACCAUGGGGCCCUGGAGUCGGGUCAGGGUCGCCAAAUGCCAGAUGCUGGUCACCAGCUUCUUUGUCUUGGGACAUGCAUCUGGGGCCCCUGCGGUGGACCACUGGCAGGUGGCUGUUUGGGCAGGAUGUCCUGUGGGCCCCACCAGGCAGCACGGGACCGGGGAGCUCCUGGGCUUGUCCGUGGCCACCUUGGCGGCUCUCACCUACUUCGGGGCCCACUUUGCCGUCAUCGGCCACGCAUCCUCAAACGGGACCCCCUACGAGGCCAUGCACCGCUGGGCUUUCUACACCACCAGCAGCCUGGCUGGGCUCCUGGCCCUUGGUGCCGUCCUGGGGGCUGCAGCCACUGUGAGGGAGGCCGGGGGCCUCAUGGCCGGGGGCUUCCUGUGUUUUGCCCUGGUGUUCGGUGCCCUGGUACAGGUGGUCUUCUGGGGAUUCCACAACCCCACCCAGGUGGAGGACGCAGUGCUGGACGUCUACGACCUGGCGUAUGAGCGGGCGGUGCGGAACUUGUCCGGAACCCCGCGGCAGCAGCUGGUGGCCAUUCAGGACACGAACAUCAGGUUGGUGGCGGCACAGUGUGGCGAGGCCCCUGUGGCCACUGGGUCGCAGCCCGGGAGGCAGGGGCCCGCAGCCCUGUCCCUCCCCGCGUUCUUGCAGUUCCUGUGCUGCGGCAAGAGCUCCCCUUUCGGCCUCCUGGGGGACGUGGAGGCCAGUCUGUGUCAGGGACAGCAGGCAGCCGGACAGGACUGCCUGCGGGAGAUCAGGAGCUUCCUGACGAUGCACAGAAACGUCGCCUGCGCCCUGACCGGCACCGGCCUCGCCAUCACAGUAUACGCGAUGCUGCUCAGCUCCUUUCUCUGGUUCGCCAUUCGCUCCGGUGGCAGCUUGGAUCGCAAGGGCAAAUACACCCUGAGCCGGAGGGUGCCUGGCUGCCAGGCCGAGCCCAGCUUCUUCAGACACUCCCAACGUGGCCCCACACUACAGCCCCCGACUGAAGCAGAUGCUGUCCACGGCUGCCUGGGUGCAAGAGGACCCUUGGGGGCCCUCAGCUGCUCCAGGAUGACUGACACCCUUUGAACCAACUGUCCCACCACCUGUGGGCCCACAGAGCCUCUGUCGGCCCAAACGUGAGACUUACAAGGAUGAUGUGAAGUGUUUUCUGCCACAUCGCAGAGGGACGGGGGUGGGGGGGGGGAGCGUGGGAGGAGGCCAGCCCAGAGAAGCAGGCUCUGUUUCAGUGGAUGGAGGGAUCAGGGUCCCUCAUAGACCCUGUGGGGACAGGCUGGGAAGUGGUCAGAACAGAGAAGCCACAGGGCAGGCAGGAACAGACCCUCUGCCCAGUCUCAUGAGGUCAGAGCCCAGGGCUGAGCCGGGCAGGGCUCCCCUCACGCUGCAGUCUCUGGGGAGCACCCCAUCCAGGCUCAGCCAGGCUUUUUGGCAGAACACGGGUCCAUGCAGCUGUGGGACCGAGGACCCCCUCCUUGCCGGCCGUCAGCGGGGAUGGUCUUCUGCUCCAUAAGACCACGUCCUUUGUACAAGAGGCCUUCGUCUCCCAGGCAUCGAGGGCACCCCAGUCCUUAAGCUGAGGACUUCCGACCUCCCUGUCCCUCCAGCGAUGAUGGGGGGCCACUCUGCUUUCAAGGGUCCCUGUGGCUACAUGAGGUCCACGGGGAGCCUCCAUCUCUCGGGCAGAAAUCUCACACUUUCAGGGACACCGUGAUCACAGGUGCCGGGGCUCGAGGCGAGACAUCUGGCGUGAGUGUGGGAGGGUGCUGCGGACACUCCCACUCUCCCGGACACCUGAACCCCCUCUCUAAGUGCCCUGUCCUCAAGGCUGUGCACCCUCCACUAGGAAUCCCAAGCCCCCAGCAAGACCAACAAAGGGGGGGUUCCCUCCAAAACAGAAGGACCGUUCUGUGACAAGCAGCCAAAAAAGUGACUAAGUGACCAGUACCCACCCCUGUCCUCCCGCACACACAUGCACGCACACGCACACACGCCUCCCGAAAGCUAGCAUGUUCCCGCCUAACAGAGCAAGCUGCAGACCUUGUCCCCCUACGAGGACACCUGCAUCUCACGGGUCCUCCACUGGGGGGGGACAGUCCAUCCCCGGCCAUGCGCACCCCGCUCUGGUCCUGUUCUGGCCAGCCUGCCUCUACAGCUCACAGAAUAUGAUUUACAGACCACAGCCCCCGAAGCUGGCAUCCUUUACAGGGCCGCGGUCUUUGCACGGCAGUGGUGGAGCCAGAGGAAAGAAAAGGGGAUGGAGCGAAAUUCUGUCCACCAGCGACUCGGCGGGAUGGGAAUCUCCAGGCGGUUAUUUUAUUUUUUGAUAGAGAUUGAGAGAGGGACCACA